GUGUGGUAGGAGCCCUUGGGAAGACUUGCACAAAUCGCAGUGGGUAGAACAUGAAUUAUAGUGGGCGGCGAGGUGUCCGGGGUGGCUGUUGCAUCUCCUCUUUCCUCUGCUGAGGACGACACACAUCUCUUCCUUGACAUAGUGAACUGUUGCAUCAUGACAUAGGGAUGGGGAUGAAGAUGCUGCCCUGGUAGCAUGGCAUAAUGUGGAUGGCGGUUGUGUGGACCCACAGGAUGGAGGCCCGUGCGUUACUUUCUACAUCCCUCCCUUUGAUCCACGAUCAAAGUCACACGCGUGGCUUUGACUCCUCCUUGCUGUCUCCUGUUUCGAAAAAAGCGACAAACAAACAUCUUCCUCAUCUCCAUUUCUCCUCCAUCUCUUUUCCUUCCUCCCUUAUAACCUUAUAGUCACUCUCCAGCCCCGGAUUCUCCCAACCUGUACUCUCAUUCUCCCCCACACUCUCUUGGACAUUUUUUGUGUGCUCACACUUUCAAUACUUCCCUUCCUAACAAAUUCCCUACUCUUACCAUGGCAACCCACUCCUGGACACAUGCUCCCCACCAUGGCGUCGAACAACCACAGAUGUUUCAUUCUCAGCCACAACACCGCCGUCUCGUCCACCCAAGUAGCCAAUGGUCGCACAUACACCCUCCAAGCACCGCCGAUCACGACAACAGCCAUGUUCAUCCUCACCCACACCCACUCCCUUAUUCCCACGUACACCCUUCGGUUCGCACUUACCCUCCAGCACACUACCAGGCUGGUAUAUCUGUUGACGCCUUUGCUGGCCCCGAUGCCGAGGAAGACGAACUUGAAGAUGAACUCGAGCCUCUUGAUCCCGCUCUAGCUCCCCAAAAUGCGGCUGUGGACGUAAAGGAAAAGGGCAAGACGCCCGCGACCCGUGCUAGGUCCAAGUCUGUCGUCAGCGCCACUUCUCUCAGUACCGAUGCUGCGUCAUCAGAAGAAGCCACAUUCAUGUUCUUCCCAAACCCAUCGCAGCCACCUAUCCAACUCAAAGGUGCUCGUAAGACUGGCCUUCUCCCAGCACCUGCGGGUUCAAUUCUCGAAGUCAAUGAUCUUUUGAUUCUUCACCCCCCUGAGAAGUAUAGGCCUGGAUUUGGAGGGCAUAACAGCCAGUGGGAGAUGUAUACUUGUCGAGUGUGUUCCAAAACGUAUGAUGGAAAAAAUGCGCGGAGUGUCGCAAGGAGACAUUUGCAGGAUAAACAUGGAGUACCAUUGAGCGUACAGACUCGGAGAAGUCGAUGGGAUUGUGAUCCUAACCGACCCAGGAAUAAGUCCGACGCUAAGGAGAGGAAUCUGAAAAGUAAGCGUGAUUGGGCUUCAAAGAACCGUCAGCAAAGCAAGCUUGAAAAGACACACUGCGAAUUCCUGGAGCAAUUCGGUCCCAAAGGUCUCGUUACUUCUUGCGGGAUGCGUCUCGUCGCGACAAAAUAUCGAGGUGCCGCUGGCGUCGCCGCUGCGCUUCAGAAGAACGGUGAUUUCCUCAAUGGAGAGUACGGCAAGGUCAUCAUUCCCGAAGAGAUUUUGGAAGGCGUCCGUGCGAUUAGAGAAUAUGAGUCUUCUAUUCAACAAAAAGGCGAAACUCUGGCAGUUCAGCAGGAAGAAGACAUGGAAGUGAAAGGAGUAGGCUCCGACUCUGCCUCCACCGGCUCGGCUAAACCUCGGUGUAACUCCCUUUCGCGGCUGCCUACUCCUCCACAUGGACUCAUGUCUGCCCUUACCGUCUCUCCUCGAAGCCCUUACCAGGCUGCUACCCAGCCUAACUCUUAUCAUCACAGCAUCUACACGCGUCAACUUGAGCUCUUGCGCCAACAACAUGCGUACAGACCUUAUCCGUUUGCUGAUGUGCCUAUGGUAGAUCAGGAGAUGGGGUUCUUGUAUAUGCCUCCGAUUCAGCAUGAACUUCAGCCUCAAUCGACUCUUCAGCAUCAGACUGUGCAUCAGCAAAGCCCAAUGGAAUUUUCAUACUUCCAUGUACGAGAUUUCCCCAGUCUUAACGUUGCAGAAGAAGAGACGCAAGCAGAUACAGAGGAACCUUUACAAAUUGCCAAGGCGAACCAGUCUCCUGCGGAGCCAGAGCAGAAGCACGAGAUUGCCACCACAACAGAGAAUGGGAAACCUGAAGAAAAAGCGAACGAUUGGGUUGAAGAUGAUAAUAAGGAGGAUGAAACCGAAAAGGAUAUCGAUCUCGAAGCUGAAGUGGCCGCUGAGAGUCUUCUCAAUCUUCAUAGCACUCCACUUCGCGCUCCCGAGGAUGAAGACACUUUCAGACUUCCUUUGCGCCCUACCACUCGGCCUGCACCUCCCGCUUGGAAGCUUCUCGACGCUCCACCUAUUAUAUCACCCGCACGCAGCCGACAUUCCAGAACCAAAUCAUUCAUUCAGCCCUUCAAAGACCCUCGUGCAGAAGCCACGCGAAGCCUCAGUUUCGAACAAGCCCCGGCUCUCGACGAUCCAUUCAUGCUUAAUGACGAUACGCCGGACCGUCCAACUUCAAUCUCUUCUCUUUCCACGCGAUCGAGGACAACACUCCUCUCGUCGAGAGUGAGUGAUAAUCAGAAAAGCACUAUGCCCAGUCCCUCGCCGCUGUCGUCUAUGCAUAGGAAACGAAAGGCUCCACCUUCAUCUCCGUUUGCCCUAGCACCUUCCGGAGGCUCAAACCCUGUUACUCGCCCCGCACUUCGACCUUUGUCUACCAAUUUUUCCUCUUCCAACCGAUCCGGGUCGGGCAACGCGGCCGCUACACCUAUCCGUUCCGCACUCACCCCGCACAUCCCUUCUUCACUCACGCGCGCAUGGCUUCUCUCUUCGCCGACUAAUGGUGAUGCAGCUGCUUCAUUGGGUCUGGUGCCCACGCAUUUGGCGCCGGCUACACCUGGGAUGAUGAGAGGGAUCGUAGGGACCGAUACGCCUGGGAUCACUUUAUUGGAUGUGAGGGAAAAUGCGAACAAGGAGAAAGAGAACGAGAGCGGGAAGGAAGAAAAGGGGUCGGGGAAGGAGAACAGGGAUAACGGUGUUAAUGUGAAGAGGAAGCGAUUGAUUGAGACGCCUAGGGCGUAAAGAAUGUCUCACGUUGUUUCCGGACAAUCCAUGGGUUUAGGAAAGAGGUCAAUGGGAGAGGAUCAUUCAUUCAUUGCGAACGAUGGACUAUAAAAGGACAAAAUGGGGAUGUCAAAUUCCGAAAAAAAUAAGUAUACGUAUUUUCACGAUAAUGACAAUUUUUCUCUUUAUUUCAAUUUCUAGUUUUGAGCUGGUCAUAACCUGCUCAGUUUUCCAUCAUAUGCAUGGGGUG